AUGCCUGAGGACUGUUGCGAGCGGGGCGUGGCCAGCUUCCGCGGCCCUACCUUCACGAGCCACGAACCAACGCUCUGGUUCACUAUCCUUGAAGUUAACUUCAAGCCUCACCGCAUCACCACCAGCCUCACCAAGUUUAGCCACGCCACCGCACUCAUUCCCCUAGACGUCCUCUCGCAGGUUUCCGAUACCAUCUCCAAAGCUGCCUCCUCCGACACUCCAUACGAGGACCUCAAAGCUGCCAUCCUAUCCCGCCUGGAGCCUUCCGUCACCACUCGGCUUCAGGAAAUGCUAUCCAAGGAGGAACUCGGGAACGAGAAGCCCUCGGACCUGCUACGACGCAUGAAGAGGCUCCUCGGCGAAAAAUAUGAGUCCUUUGAUAAGGAGGUCUUCAGUCACCUCUUCUAUCAACGCCUACCACCACACAUCCAGCAGGGCCUCUUCACCGUUAAGAACACGCUUUCACUGGAGGGCCUCGCCAAGCUGGCGGACGACUUUCUAGCCUCCUCCCCGGCUGCACCCCAGCCAACGGUCUCCAGCGUCGCCGACACCACCGGGGUCCAGCAGCUCGCAGCCCUCGUCUCCCAGCUCUCUCUGGAGGUCAGCGCCCUUAAGGAGGAGGUCCGUGGCCGCCCUCGCCGACGCUCCCCAUCACCCCACCCCCACCGCCGCCGCUCCCGAUCUGACAGCAGGCCUAGACGCACGCCUGGCGUCUGCUACUAUCACAACAGAUUCGGCCGAGACGCCCGGAAGUGUACGUCUCCCUGCACCUUCCAGGACUCUUUAAACAGUCCCGGCGGACACUAAUGGCGCAUAGCGCCCGCCAGCACAUCUCGAAGCUAUUCCACAUCUUCGAUCCACUCUCCCGCACCAACUUCCUCAUCGACACUGGAGCCGAAGUCAGCGUCCUCCCCGCCACACCCAGCCAGAGGUCCUUGCCGACCAUCGCCCGCCUCUACGCUGCUAACGGCACGGGGAUCCCUGUCUUCAAUAAACAAACGCUCCAGCUCAACCUCAACCUUCGCAGGUCGUUCGAGUGGACCUUCUACGUGGCAACAGUUUCGCAACCAAUCCUGGGCGCCGAUUUCUUGACACACUACAACCUCCUGAUCGACCUCAAAAGUCGCAAGCUCCUGGAUUCCUUAACAUCCGUCUCCACCAGAACGAGAGCAGCAGCAGGCGAAAGCACCCACAUCUCCACCAUCAGCGCAGGCAACCGGUUCGCGUCUCUCCUCAAGUCCUUCCCGACACUGACACAGCCACACACA